AUGGAGUUCCCGGCUUUCCGCUCGGCGGAGUGGAUGGCCAGCGCCUUCGCGCGAGCCGCGCCCGCGGCCUCUCUCGCUGCUGACUCGGCUGAGCGUCCGAGGGAGCUCGGAGAGAAGCCAACCGACAAAGAUCGCCCCCCGUCACCGGUCCCCCCUCUCGUCCCGCCCAGCUUUUGCUUCCGCAACUUCGAUCCAGUGCCUGCGUAUCUCGCGUCCUUUCCGACUGCUGGGCUGUACAUGCAGCGUGUGCAGCAAGUGAAGUGGACGAUCAAGCGAGCGUUGUUUCGGCAGUGUCUCUUCAAGAUCCAAAACGUCGAAGUUCUGGAGAUGAAACGCUGCAAACGCCCGCGCCGCCUCGUGUCCAGCGACAUUCGGUACGACGCAGAGAGCGAGCGAAGAGCGUCUCUCGCGCCGUCCUCGCUGUCGCGCGCGUCUCUGGACGAGACGCCAGUGGCUGCUUUCUCCUCCGCGCAGCCCGCGGCUGCUCGCGCCUCAGACUCCUCUCCUAUCGCCCUUCCCUCGUUGCCUUCGCUCCCGACUGCAGCUUCUUCGUCGGUCUCAGAGAGACUUCGGCGGUGGCGUAGAGACGCGCAGCGGGACGAGGAGACGCUCCGCGAAGAAAUCUGGAAAGUCGACCGCUGCGGGUCUCUCAGAGAGUAUCGAAUCAUAAUCUCGCGCGAUCGAGCCACGAAGGACUUCUUUAGUGUGUCUGUACAGCCUGUGGCGUGGAGCGACUGGCUGCGGCAGAAGUACUUCAAUUUCUUCGACAAAACUGUCGAUGCUGAGGAGUGA